AACAGUGAAUGUUAGUUUGUUGUGGUGUUAGCGGCGCCGCGACCUGCCUGCAGCACUAAUGUUGUAUUACUGUCCUCUUCUUAAGGCUUGGUAAUAAACUAGUGUGUGAGGCAGACCUGCUGGUGUUUGGUGAGGUGUGAGUGGUGAGGGAGGGAAGGAGAACCUGGCUAGUAAGUGAGGCAGGCAAAGGUAGGAAGGAGACGGGAGUGAUUCCUUCUAUUUAUCUGUCUGUAGUCUGCCGUGCCGCAGCCUGACAUCACCUGAGCCAUGGAUGUCGGGGAACUUCUCUCCUUCAAGCCUGAGAUGGCAGUGAAGCGAGGGCCAGAAGAGGAGGAGGAGGAACGUGAACGGCCAGGGAGGAAGAGGAGUCGCCUGGAGGUGAGGGGGUUGGGGGGCCAUGCAGGGCUGCCACCACCAUCACAGCACCACCACCACCACCGCCACCACCGUGAACCACAGGACCAGCAACAGCAGCAGCAGCAGCAGCAGCAGCAGCAGCAGCAACAGCAGCAGCAACAGCAGCAGCAGGUUCCAGUCCCCUCAGCACGAACCAAGCAGAUUGUGGAAGAGAAACUGCAGCAACUUGAUGAGCAAGAAGACCCGGAGACAGCGGAUGGCCCCAUGGAUGAGUUCAAGCUGAAGAAGAUGAUCCUCAGCUUUGAGAAGAGAGUCCUCAAGAACCAGGAGCUGAGGAUCAAGUUUCCAGAUGACCCACGCAAAUUCAUGGAGUCAGAGAUUGAGCUGAAUGAGGCCAUAGAGGAGCUGCAUGUGGUGGCAACGGUGCCAGACUUGUACCCGGCACUGGUGGAGCUUGGCACUGUGAAGACCCUGCUGUCACUGCUCAGCCAUGACAACACUGACAUCUCUAUUGCUGUGGUGGACCUCCUGCAGGAGAUGACUGAGGUGGAGGACCGGGAGGAUGAGGAGAGUGAGGGAGCGGAGGCGCUGGUGGAGGCCUUGCUGGAGGGUCAGGUGGUUACAAUCCUGGUUCACAAUCUCCAGCGCCUCGAUGAGUCCCACAAGGCGGAGGGUGACGGCGUCCACAACUCCCUUGGAAUUAUUGAGAACCUGGCAGAGGUGCGACCAGAGAUGUGCACAGAGGCAGGUCCUGGUGGGCUUCUGGCAUGGCUCCUCAAGCGCCUCCGAGCCAAGCUGCCCUUUGACGCCAACAAGCUGUACGCCUCAGAGAUCCUCGCCAUCUGCAUCCAGAACAGUGAGGAGAACCGACGCCUGCUGGGGGAGAUUGAUGGCAUUGAUGUCCUUCUGCAGCAGCUGGCUGUAUUCAAGCGACAUGAUCCAGCCACCAAUGAGGAGCAGGAGAUGAUGGAGAAUCUUUUUGAUACCCUCUGUGCCUGCCUCAUGCUCACCACCAACAGGGAGCUCUUCCUGAGGGGUGAGGGUCUGCAGCUCAUGAACCUUAUGCUCAGAGAGAAGAAGCUGUCCCGCAAUGGAGCCCUGAGGGUGCUAGACCAUGCACUGACAGGGGCCGAGGGUGCCGACAACUGCAACAAAUUCGUGGAGAUCUUGGGUCUGCGUACCAUCUUUCCCCUGUUCAUGAAGACCCCUGGCAAGCAUGGCAAGAAGGGACUCACCAAGGACCAGCACGAGGAGCACGUCAUCUCCAUCAUUGUGUCGCUGCUGCGUAACUGCCGCCCCAACCAGCGCACUCGCCUGCUCAACAAGUUUACCGAGAACGACCAUGAGAAGGUGGACCGCCUGCUGGAGCUACACUUCAAGUACUUAGAAAAGGUUCUGGCCACCAACUAUGCCCUGGAGGAACAAGCCAAGGCAGAGAACCUGGGCGAGGAUGAACUGUACCUACGCAGGCUGGAUGGGGGUCUCUUCACUCUUCAGUUAGUGGACUACGUGAUGCUGGAUGUCUGUGCUACGGGGCCUCCCAGCAUCAAACGCAGGGUCCUCAAGAUACUGAAUCUUAGGAAUGCCUCUGUCAAGACCAUCAAGAACAUUAUGAGAGAGUACGCCAGCAACUUAGGGGACAUGGGUGGGAGCGAGUCACAGGCAGAGGAGCAGGACAGAAUACUUGACCUCCUUGACAAGUUUCAAAACACUUAGAAAAAGGAGGACAGCUUCUUGUUUUGUGUGUGUGUAUAAUCUUUUUGUAACUUCUUUUCUGCCUCAAGGUGUGUGUGUUUGUGUGUGUGUGUGUGUGUGUGUGUGUGUGUGUGUUCUUUAUUAGAGCUGUAUAAAUGAAUAUGAGAAAAUGGCAGCAAUGUGAGGGAGGAUAAAAAUAAAUAACAAUGUUCCA